UUUAGUUUUUUUUUUCCAGUCUGCAAAUCACUCUUUGCUGCAAUCUGUAUUAAAAUGCAAUCAACUAAGGGUUAUCUGACAAAUGCAUCCAACACAAUUCAAUAUUUUUUAAAUGAUUGCCUACUGUACAAUUGUAGAGGCCUAAUAAUUAAACAAUGUCAAUCCAAUUCUUCUCAUACCACUAAUACAAUUACUACAAUAUGUGUUUUAUUCUACUCAACUGCAGCAUCAGAAACUACUCUUCUCUUUAUGGAGAGUUCUAUUGCAUUUUUCACUACCAACAACUCUUUAAAACAAAGGGAAAUUAUGAUGAGGGAUUUGGCCACAGACAACACAAAGACCGUUGGCUUCAAAAGACCGAAGAAACAGAGCCAGACAUGAAUGUGACUGAGAAAGCAUCUAAAGCCAACUUGGUGGUUGUUGAUCGCUCAGUAGAGAUCUCUGCAGGGAGGCUGGCUCCAUUACCACCCAAAGAACCUUUGGCAAACAAUGGUACUGAUAACAGGAACAAACUGAAAAAGAGCUGGCCACCAGAGAAAAAGGAACCAAGGGGCAGUCCAGCACAGCAAGUUAAGACUUGGCAGAGUGUGUCCAUUACUGACCAACAAGCCAAAGAAAAGUCUUGGACCAGUCCUAUUUCAGAGAAACACAUUGACAGAAAUAUAUCAAAGAGGGACCAGGUAGAGGUCAGAACAGGAGAACAGGAUAAAACAUCAUCUAAAGUUCUGACUCAGAAAUCCAACAAGACUUUGUCACACUCAUCAGAGAUCUCAGAUUCAAACAAAUCCAAGCCAUGGAGUGUUUCUUUUAAAAGAACACUUUUUCAAGAAGACACAUCAACAACAGUAGUCGAUUUCUCUUCCUCUCGUAUGCCAACAGGAAAGUCAUUCCCCAUCAAAAAACAGACAAGAGAUCACAUUCAUGCGACACCACCUGCAAGCAAGAAACAAAAUUCAAGUUCUGAAGAAAAAAACGACUUUCUUAGUAAAGCUAAAAAGUCUGUCAGGUUUGCCCAAAACACUGAUACCAAUCUAGAUAAUCCAUCAUCCUCUGAACUGAGCUCAGGUGUAAAAACUCAGAAUCAAAGGGAAGCGCACUCAGAUGAUGCAUCCCUUGAGGAAAUUGUUGACAGUAGGAAUAACAUAGAUUUUAAUGCAAGCACAAAAAAGUUCGAAAGUGAAGUGACCCCAAAUUCAAAUGAAAAGAAUCCUCAGGAUACAAUGGAUGGUCUUGGUAGAGGACAGGUUGAUGUUUCAAAAGGAUUUCAUGCAGAUGAGGAUAUCAUUCAGGACAAGCAACAGCCAAACAUCCCAGGACAGGUCAACAACGACUGUAUGAGUUUGAAGAGACACACAGUGAAUCCAGGGGAAUCCCAGGUUGUCAAGGUAACUGAUGAUGAGGAAACCAAAGCAGAGCGUUCAGAGGAAGUAUCAGAUGAAGCUGAACUCUUAGAUGUGUCUGAUUCAGGAGAUCAAAAGAUGAGAACAAGUCAACCAGGGCCUGAAUUUAAGGAAGUGGUUCCAGUCAUUUGUUCCAAUAAUGAAAAACAGCUACAAAAUAAUGCUCCAGUAAAAGGGACAGAGAGUGGAGGUCACCGGGGUGUCCAGAGGUCCAACUCUUUGAUGGGCAAACAGAGUGAGACGGCCCAAGCGAAAAGGGGAUCAUGGUCUAAGGGGAAGAGCCCUUUGUCCAAACUUUUCAUAACAGGUAGCAAUGAGAAAAACAACAAGGUUGAACCUACAGAUAAGAAGAAACCCGACCCUAAACCCAGGGGUAUCUUGGGAAAACUGUUCCAGUCAUCACCAGAGAAAGAUACAAAGAAAACUGAGGAAGCCAAGCUAAAGGAGCAAGAUGGAACAAAAAAGACUGUUCAGACAAUGGAGAAACCUGAGGGGGUUAAAGGGGUGAAAGAGGAUGCAACUGAAAAAGAAAAGUAUAGUAGCACAUUUAAACACUCACUUCUGGAAGAAACAGAGGUCACAGACAUUGUCAGUGAAAUCUCUGAUUCUGCUCACCCCAAUCCAUUGACAGGCCUCUUACCCACGCUUGAAGCUUCCACUGUUUUGACUGACCACAUAGGUGACAUUUUAACACUGGACAAACCCGUUUUUUCAGCCUCUGAAGAAAUCGACAAUGUUACUAAUGACCUAUUUGGUAAUCCUGGACCCCAGUUUCAGAGUCAUGAGACUGAACAUUCACUCAUCAAAACAAGCAUGACUAACGACACGUUAACUGAGGACUCAGGUAAUUUUAAAACAACAAGGGGUAGUGAUGCCAUUUUGGGAAACAGUCUACAGGAACUCGCAGGUGACAUUUUUAAAGAUGAUUUAAAUGUCCUACCUGCCGAGUCAUUGUCAAUUAAGAUAAACACAGAUAGCUCUUUCAACCAGUCAAAUGAAAUCCUUCACUCUCCAGAAGAGAGACAAAAUGAUGUCAGUGCAGGAAUGCUUUUUGAACUGGGUCAGGACAUUCCACAAUACCCCCUCAAUCCCCUGGAUCUAUCACAACCAGAGAAGGCAAUAAAUAGUUUAGGUGACACAAAAGCAAUGCUUUCUUCAGGUAUCGACAUUCUUUCAGCUGGUGCUCCCCCUGUUUCUCUCACCACGAAUACACUUGAUGUCUUUGAUCAAACGUCCAAAAGGCAAGAUGAGAACAAUGGUAUUAAAAACAAAUCCUUAGAGGGGCAUAACCUGACUCUUUUUGAAUUAUCUACACCCAUUCCACCAAAUGUUGACUUUGAUAUAUUCAACACAGAGCAAUCUACUGCCAGUAUUAUUAAGCAAGAUGGAGCAGACAUAUUUUCUGGCCCAAGUAUCUCUGUAAUUCCUGAUGACGUUUUUGGGAUGACCGAUAGCGUGACCAAUGGAAGUGUUUCCACACAGCAGCCCAGUCAAACCAACCCUAAUAACUUUGAUGACUUUCUGGCUUUGGAUCACACAGCAAGGUCCCCCCCUGCAGUUCAAAGUGAUUUUUUCCACCAUGACAUCCUAACAUCAGAAUCUGUAAUAUCACCCACGCCUCCCCCUAGUGAUCCAAAUACAUUCAUGGAUUCCUUUUUUGAUCCUAACAGUCGUGGCAGUAGUCCAGCACCAAUAGCACCUCCAAACACUGAUAACAGCUGGAUGGAUGAUUUAUUAGGCUGAUAAUGCCAAUGAUUGAGAAGCUUGUAAAUAUGAUCAUCAUAAACUAGUCAUGCUGAAAGAAACUUAACAGAUCAUUGAUUAUAUCAUUAAAAUGCACUAUUGGAAUGGUCAAACAUCAUCAGCUCUUUAUUGACAGUUAUACAACAUGUUCAAAAUAUCAUAAAGGUACGUUUCAGUGCAUCAUUGAUUAGGUUGAAUUCCAAGAUUGUGUUAGUGUAAUGACUGAUUAUAAAUGUAUGGCUCAGCAUUCAUAUUGUAGUUGUACUUGUUUUCCAGUGACAUCACUCAAGUAUAUACAGUACCUAUAACUUUCCUAAUCCUAUGCAAACCUGUGAUAGUGUAGAUUUAAUUAUUGGUUUGGAUUUAGAAAUAUAAAGCACCUACAUUAAGUAUUGCACUAUUGAAAUGUCUAACUUAACAUACAAUUCAUUGUGAUUGCCUAAAGGUAUAAAAUAUGUUUAAAAAAAUGAUAGUUGCAUUGUAUACACAGCGCAUUUUGUUGAUUGUUGUUCAAAUUGAAACUAAAUAGACAUAUUAUUAUUAAUAUUCAGAACACAUUCUGUUAAAUCCAAAAAUCCGUUAUCUAAAAUAUAUAUUUUCAAGAAAAAAAAGGCUCAGUUUAUUCAGACAAUACAUACACAAUGUCUUUACCUGUUUAACUUGUACUCUAACUUUUUAAGAGUAUUGCAUUUUAAUGUGCUAUUAACAAUCAGUAAUAUGUCUGUGUGAAAGUCUUUAAAUAAAUAACCAAAUAAUUGUAACUGUCAAAAUCAACAUACAACUUUGCUUUUGAAAUUAAAUGAAACACGCCAUAAUAGUGAAUUACCUUAAUGCCAAUUAAGUAUUCAUACAUUAAGUUUUUUCACAUUUUGUGUAAAUGUUAGCCUUAAUGGUCAUUCUAAUUAAAAAAUAAAGUUGACCUAUAAUGUGUUUAAUCAACCCCUUUUAUUAUGUGAUAUAUGAUAUGUGAAAUAGUUUCUGAAAAAAAGAAGAAGAUUUCUGUCAAUCUGCCCUUGAUACCCCAUAUGUACUAACUUGAUUGUCACUUAUGUAAUAAACUGCUAGCAAAGCAAUAAAACCGUUUUUGAAAAUGGGUUUGGUCAUUUAAAGCUUAGUUGA